AUGAGCGCGGGACCGGGAUCGGGAUCGGGACCGGAAUUAGGACCGGCACUGGAGUCAGGAUCGGGACCGGGACCAGCACCGGUACCGGCCCUAGGACCGGGACCGGGGCCGGGGCCGGGGCUGCCCUUCCUCCCCGGCUGUGCCGUCAGGGACCCCACGAGAACGUCUUUUCAUCGGUCCCACACACUGGGCUUCAGAAAUGGAUAUGCCUUUUCCCAGCUGCCAAGGGAGGGGGUUGGCGGGGAGACGAUCUUCCCGAAUCUGCUCUCUCAAGAUCAACUGGAUGAUUUAUGCACAAAGGGACCCACCCUGACCUACGGGCCGGCCAAGAAGUCUCCGCCUCCACCCUUCAUGCCGUCAUACGUGGCUUUUGACAAACAGGUUUUGAAGUUCGAUGCCUAUUUCCAGGAAGAGGUUCGUACCUCUGCGGAGGAGCAUUACCGGAUCCGCCAAGUGGGCAUCUACUACUACCUGGAAGACGACAGCAUGUGUGUCAUAGAGCCUGUGGUGAAGAACUCUGGGCUCAUUCAAGGCAAACUUAUGAGGCGCCACCGGGUGCCCAAGAAUGACCAGGGGGAUUAUUACCACUGGAAGGACCUGAAUCUGGCCACGAACAUCACCAUGUACGGCAGGACGUACCGCUUAGUCGACUGCGACUCCUUCACCAAGGUGUUCAUGGAGAGCCAGGGAAUUGUACUGAACCCUCCAGAGCAAAUGGUUUCGGAUCCUUACACAGAACAGCGCCGGACGCCUGUGCAAAAGCCCAUCGUGCCAGCAGGUCCCGACCCCCUCUGGCAGUUCCUGACCUAUGACACAAAGGUCCUUCGCUUCUACGCCAUAUGGGAUGACACAAACCACCCCUUUGGUGACCAGCAUCGUUGCAUCAUCCAUUACUUCUUGGCAGAUGACACAGUGGAGGUUCGGGAAGUGUACAGUAGGAAUGAUGGGAGAGACCCAUUCCCAGUCCUGAUGAAACGCCAGCGCCUGCCCAAAACCCUCGCGGAAAAGAAAAUGGGCUUCCCAAGCUGUGUGCUGGAGAUCAGUAACGAGGAGGUACUUGAGUGGUACUCACCCAGGGAUUUUGCUAUUGGCAAAACCAUCACCCUCCUUGGACGCACCUUCUUAAUCUAUGAUUGUGACAAGUUCACACAAAACUUCUAUCGGGAAAAAUAUGGCAUCACAGACUUCCAGCCACUGGAAAUCACUGAGAAACCAUUCGAGAAAGUUCCACAGGUAAUUCCUCCCCACAAUGGUUUUGGUGUCCCUGAAGACUCUAUCCAGAACUGCCUCCGCCUGAUUCCAAAGCGUCCACAGAAGGAUGUUAUUAAGAUGCUGGAGAAUAAUCUCAAGGUCCUGAGGUACCAGGCGGCCCUGGAAUCACCAGUGCCUGAGGACAGAAAUCGUCGUUUCAUCCUCUCCUAUUUCCUCUCUGAUGACACAAUCAGCAUCUAUGAACCCCCAAUCCGAAACUCUGGCAUCCCUGGAGGCAAAUACUUAAGAAGGACCAGAGUUGCUAAGCCAGGGUCUACUCCAGAGGAUCCUAUAUACUUUCAGCCCUCUGACUUCACCAUUGGCUCUACAGUUGAAGUGUUUGGCCACAGGUUUGUUAUCACUGAUGCUGACGAAUAUGUGCUUAAUUACUUGGAAAGAAACGCAGAAUGUUUCCCUGCAACAACACUGCAAUCCCUGAGGGAUCAUUUUCGCCCACGGAAGGCAGUAAAGGACACUGUCAACAAUGACAUCCCCAAGAAGGACCUGGAUGACUUAAUUGAGGAGGUUCAGAAAGAGCUGAAGCUCCGUCACAGCUACUUGAACACCAGGAAGUUUCAUGAGGCGUUUCAUCAGUGUGACAAGGAUGGCUCUGGAAUUGUGGACAAAGGAAAAUUUUUGGACCUCUGUGAUAGGUUGGAAGUGCCAAUCAGCACCAUUCUUCUUAAAAAGCUCAUUGACUAUUGUUCCUGUGGAGAAGACUAUGUAAACUACCGUGACUUCCUUCGAGCCUUCCCUAGUAAUCUUUUCCCAGAACCUGAAGCACAAGAUGAGCAGUUAAAUACUCAGAUGACUUAAAGACCUUGUACUCCAAAAAGGAUAUUCCAGUCUUCACCUUUGCUUCACUCACUCUCCCCCUUUCAUAGAGCCAGCUAAUUCCACCCUUGUUUUGUUAACUUUUUUCUUCCCUAACCUCCCCCUGCCCUUUUGGCCAACACCAAACUCAACUUCACAACUGCUGGAUGUUGAAAUGAAACUCACAGAAGAAAAUUUCUGAGAACCAAAGCUGGGUUCUCCUGUUGAUCUCCCAACUUUUUGGUGCAGUAUUUUAGAGAGCUAAAGCUCUCCGAAGCCUGGAGUGAAAACCACUCUAGUUUUCUCUCAGUCAA